ACAAUCACCACUGCCUGAGGUGUCAAUGGUGUCCACUUAGUCAUCACGUGUCAUUGUCUGGUCUUGAUAUUGUCCUGUUGGUAUAUCUUCUCUUUCUUCUGUAUAUUUAUUUUAUUCUUCCAUAUAUUUGGUCUCAACAAUGGCGCCUGUCUCCCUUCUCGCCCGAUUCAAAAGUCUCUACUCCGGACGCGAUGAACCCGUCCUGUCAGUCAACAUGGCUGCUGUAGCUUCGAUUCUUCUGACUCUCGCCUACGUCGUACCAUUCUACGUCUCUUCCAUCACUCGCCCAUCGCCCAGUCUCAGUCGCGAUGCUCCAUCAGUCAUCCGCGCGCGAAUCCGCGCCGUCACUCUAUCCACACUGGGUGGCUCCCUCGUGGUCCUCUGGAUGAUUCUAAGCAAAACCAAUGCGCCUCUCGACCACGCUCUUCAUCUCCUGGGCUGGUGGCCUAUCGCCCCCAGCGACAUCUUCCGCUCGUUACUUCUCACGGCCAUUCUAUUCCUAGGCCCCCUCUUUGAACGAGGAAUCGCCGAAGGUGAAUGGCGAGAAUGGAUCCACGGCGGUAGAAUCUCCGAAUCCCUCCGUGGCUGGAUGGGUUGGAGAAACUACGUGGCCGGGCCUGUCACUGAGGAAAUCAUGUUCCGAUCAAUCAUCAUCACUCUGCAUCUCCUCGCUAAAGUAUCUUCCGGACGCAUUGUCUUCAUCGCACCUGUGUACUUUGGCAUUGCACAUGUCCACCACUUCUACGAGUUCCGUCUCACUCAUCCCGACACUUCAAUUCUGCUUGCUCUUCUCCGCUCUUUCGUUCAGUUCACCUAUACGACUAUCUUUGGCUGGUACGCCAAUUUUCUCUACCUGCGCACUGGCUCACUGUUUCCUGUUAUCCUCGCCCACAGCUUCUGCAACUGGUGCGGCUUGCCCCGAUUCUGGGGACGCGUCGAAACUGGUGUCGCUCUGGCACCACCCGUCAAAGGUAAAGAUGACGAGCGCGAGCGGAGUCCAAUCUACGUGACUCCCGGAGAACUAGGAAUUGGAUGGACAGUAGCGUACUAUGUGCUCCUUGUCGUCGGGGCUGUUGGAUUCUGGUAUGCUUUGUGGCCGUUGACGGAGUCGAGUCAUGCUUUGGCGGGUUUUUGAUGUCAUCUUGGAGCUUGCUGUUUUGGGAUGGGAUACGAGUCAUGUGUAAGAUAUACAGGUUUAUCGAAUAGUAUUUUAGACUAGUCAUGUCAGGUACCAAUGUCAUAUACGGCAUAUAAUACCCAG